AUGGAGGACGAGAUGCCCAAGACUCUAUACAUCAGUAACCUUUCCGGAGAUGUGACUGAAGCUCUCAUCCUCCGGCUCUUUAGCCAGAUUAGACCUUGUAAAAAUGGCAAAAUGAUUAUGGAUACAGCAGGAAACAACCCAUACUGUUCUGUGGAGUUCCAUGAGCAUUGCCAUGCAGCUGCAGCGCUGGCUGCUAAGAAUGAGCGGAAGAUAAAGGGGAAGGAUGUUGAAGUGAAUCGGGCAACAACCCCCAGCUGUCAAAAGAAAGAAACAAGCAAUCACUUCCAUGUGUUUGCUGGUGACCUCAGUCCAGAAAUCGCAACUGGAGACAUCAAAACAGCUCUUGCACCGUUUGGGAGAAUGUCAGAUGCCCGCAUGGUAAAAGACAUGGCUACAGGGAAGUCUAAGUGA